UGCAUUAUGGUCGUAAUGCAGCUAACUGCAGUCCAUGAAGGUUGUUUUCCACCUACCACGUUUUCAACUAUGUUUAAGGGAGCCUGAAGUUUGAUAAGGAUUGGAGAAUGAGCAGGGCGCGUGGCACUAAAAAGAGGUUGCCCCCAGACAAAGCUGAGGCCACUAAGUGUAACGAUGAGAGGAUCCUAGAAGAAGUGAAGCAGCUCUUUACUAAAGUGAGAAGUUAUAGUCCUCCAACUGGGGUAGAAUGGUGCCUACCCGACUCCAGAGUGGUACUUCAGGACUGUCCCUGGAACCACCCACCGCUACAGGCUCUAAAACAAUCCCUGAAUGAGGUGAAGAAUCAGCUCAGUGACAAAGACCUGGCAGUGUGGCACCAGCACACCUGCUCUACCAACCGAGCAGGCACCGUUACAGCCCACCUUCGUGCGACUACCAAUGCAGAGCUCUGUACUCAGGCCUGGGCCAAGUUCUAUGAGAUUCUGGGCACCUUCAGACUCCUACCAGAAACAGCAUUGCAGAAUGGAGAAUUGAACUCUGUACAUUUGUGCGAAGCCCCUGGAGCAUUUAUUUCAGCACUGAAUCACUACCUGAAAACCUGCUGGCCACACUGUGACUGGAACUGGGUCGCCAAUACAUUAAAUCCAUAUCAUGAAGCUAACAGGCGAAGCAGCACUAUUGCAGAUGACAGACUCAUUGUACACACUCUCCCUUGGUGGUUUUUUGGCUCUGACGACACGGGCGAUAUCAUGCUGCAGAAGCAUUUGGUGGAACUGCAGGGAUUUGUUAGCAACAUGCACAGUGUGGACUUGGUCACUGCGGAUGGGAGCUUUGACUGUCAGGGAGACCCGGGUGAGCAAGAGAGCUUAGUGGCCCCAUUGCAGUACUGUGAAACAGUAUGCGCUCUGCUUCUACUGGCACCUGGUGGUUCAUUUGUCCUGAAGAUGUUCACGCUGUUCGAGCACUCGUCUGUCUGCCUGCUCUACCUCCUCGUCUGCUGCUUUUGCUCAGUUCAUGUCUUCAAACCUGCAACCAGCAAGUCGGGAAACUCUGAGGUCUAUGUCGUUUGUUUGGGCUACAGAGCUAAAUAUGCCUUGCGGUCACUGCUCUCAAAGCUGAUCCGUAACUACGGGCCAGAUCUGGCAUCCAUGGCAGCACUAUUUCCUUACAACUGUAUUCCAAACUCUUUCCUCAGGCAACAUGAGGAGAUCUGUACAUUUUUCCAUGCAAUGCAAAUUGACACCAUCCAGGAGAACCUGUCGCUCUUUUCUGGCAUGAGUGCUGAGCAGCGCAAGUGGCUGGACCAACUCAGAGAAUAUGCCUCUCGGUUUUACAUGCAGCGGUUCCAGGUGCAGUUCCUCCCUAGGAAGCGAUGGGUAUGCCGAGGUGGGUCGGUGGGUUCGGGGAAGCCAUUUCAAAGGAAGCAGAUGGGGUCCUUUAAUCAGCGUAAGGAAAUGCAGUCCAAGGAAUGGAGGCUGCGCCUUGCCCUGGGAGCUUGCCGGGUAAGGGUUGAGGAACAUUUCCAGCCUUCUGAAGGGCAUGAUUAUGUCCUCAGUGGCCCUUUAGAUGGGUGUGACUUAGAUUCAUGGUUUACUCUGGUGGGAGCAACCCUGCCAAAAGUGUGCAGUUCCACUUUCUGUGAACAGGAAUUGUUGGAUCUCCUUAAUGAAGCUCUAGAGGAGUGCAAAUUGGGCCUGGAGGGACAGCCUCUGGCUACAAAUGCACCGGUGUGUAGCUCUUGCUGUGCUCAGUCUCCCACUUCCAUAUUGACUGAGGUCUGCAACCUUCCAAAUAUUACUUCUUGUUUGGUGGUGGGUAACCUUUCAUGGCAGCACUUACCCCUUUCAAAAGACAUGCUACAGCCACAGUUCUAUCCGGGGCCUUCCUACGAGGAGGUGUGUUUUUCCACUUUGCACGAUGGAGAUCCAGUUUAUCAGCAUGAGCUUCUGAGCUGUGUGCUGUCUGCCCUACAUGACCUUGGUGAAGGAUCGGUGCUGGUGGUUCCGCUGUGUUCGGCUUUGACUCGUUUCUCUGCGUGCCUGGUUCUUGCACUCCACCUCUGCUUCCACUCCAUUAGUUUCCGCUGCCCAUCCGGCGGACCUCCUGCCGUGCUGCUGUGUGUAAGCUUCACAGCCUUCCCCCGGUUGAAGACCAUUCUCCAGGAGGUCCUGGACAGAAUGAGGCAUCUGGAGCAAGGUCGUCAGCUCCUGCAGUUUGCACCCACUGCAGAACUAAUUGGAGGAGCACUGUCUCAUUUCCUGUCCAGCCUCAAUAACACUGUGAUGAGACAGCAGCUUCAUAUGCUGCUGCAGACUGGAGGAAACAGAUAGCACUGCCCUCCGACAUACUGCUUCUGAUGCCUUCUUGACUCCGCACUCUUAAUAUUCUAUUGUGUUUAAAUGGCUCAUUAGAGCCCAGGAACCAGUUAUGUAGUGGGUUCCUAAUGUAUUUCAUAGAUUUUGGAGUUUCUUUUCCUCUGAUUGUCAAUGGUGUGCCUACUCAAGGUGAUUAGAAAGCACCAAGAUUCUUACUUUUACAUGUUGACUAUGUAUGCUUUAUUUUGUGUUUAGCACCUAAUCGAGUAUAAAUUCUAUAUUCUUUAUUACAUUUUGGAUUUAUUUAUAUGAAGUUUGUAAAUGUUUUACACUAUUUAAAAUGAUGCUGUUUAAGUUGACUUAAUUACUAAAAAGAAUUUUCUUUACUGGACUGUAUUUGUAUACACAAAAAGAUUGGGCUGUUAGGAAACCUUAAGAGCCCAAGUUAUCCAGAGUGAAUCUGAACACUCAAAUAGCCUAGAUGUAUAAAGAGAAUCAUUUUAUUUUUUGACUGGUUCAGUUACACCAAAAUACUUUGUUUACAUUUUGUUUGUUUACUGCUCAGACAUGACAUGGGAAUAAAGAAUGACAUGUUUAUAUAUUGUCAGUGUUUUGCAUAAACAUUCAGAAUUUAA